UUGAAGCUGUUAUUUCGGGAGUUUUGUGUAUUUGAAGAUUUCCUGUCGAGUUUAUUCUCAGUUUUUUUGUGUUGUUCAGUGUGGAUUUUACUGGACUUUAACUUUAUAAAUGUUUUUAAGUUGCUUCUGAAUGUUUGUUGAGUUGUUUUUGGUGUUUUAGAGGAAGUUUUUCGUGUUUAUAUUAAUUUGAGGUUGAUUUCUUGUUGUUUAGUGUUAUUAAGGUGGUUUUUGUUUACAGUUUGUUAGUUUUUUUUGCUGUAGAAAUCGUAUUUGCUUUUGGAGUUAAGUUUUUUUCUGAAAGUUAAAACCAGCUUGAGGACGUCUUCAGAAUAAACCGUCAUGGCUUCUACAGUGAAAGUUCACACUCAGGUGCUCCUCACCUGCACACUGCUCAGGUAGCUGAUUAAGGUGAACACUAAAGGCCAGUUUCUCUACAGAAUCACCUCUGCAGUUAAAGCUUUACACAAUUUAGGUGUCAUUUCUUUAUACUUUAAUAUUACUCGCGAUAUUUUUUAUUUAAACACCUUGUAUCGCAGUUUGUUCAUUCAUUCAUUCAUUCAUUCCUCCCUCCCUCCCUCCCUCAGGUGCUCCUUCAUCAGGACGCUAAUUACGCUCAGGUGGCGCUCGUUAUAAAGCUCGCGCACACCGAGCUCACGCGCUAUAGAGUCAUUAUUAUUAUCGUCAUCACACGAGCUGAGAGAGAGAAAGAAAGAGAGAGAGAAAGAAAAAAAAAAAAAAAGAAAGAAAGAAAGAAAGAGAAAAUACACAGAAAAGAAAAGGAGAAUGAGUGAUCAGCAGAUUUUAGAGAACGCAGGCCCAGUGCAGCGGCUGCAGCGCUUUAACUGCGUGCACGCGGACUGCGGAGCGACGUUCACGCGCCGGUGGCGUCUCGAGGAGCACGAGACCCUACACACCGGAGCGCGGCCACACAAAUGCCCCGAAGAAGGAUGCGCGCUCCAGUUCUCGCGCAGGUCGCACCUCCGCAGGCACGCGCUCAAACACCAAGGCAGAACCAUCAGGUGCUCUGAGGCGAGCUGCGGAAAAACCUUCUACAACAGGGACAAGCUGAAGAGACAUGUCCGCUACGCGCACGCGGACAAGGAGCAGUACUUUAAGUGCACCUCUCUUGGCUGUGUGAUGAUGUUCCGGAAGCGGCGUGCGCUGAAGGUUCACCAGGCGACUCACGGCAUGUCCUCCGGCUUCAGGUGCUCGAAGGCGGACUGCAGAAUGACGUUCAGCACACACAGCGCCCGAAAAGCUCACGAGAAGACCCACAGAGGUUAUCCCUGUCCUCACGCACAGUGUCCGGUGGUGGAGUACACCUGGGGUAAACUCCUGAAACACACCGCGACUCACCCAGCCUCACACUCCUGCUCCACGUGUAAGAAGACGUUUGUGAAACGCGGCGCUUUGCGGCGACACAGGCGCACUCACGCGCUGCAGAAGCCCGUGCUGCUGUGUCCGAGCGACGGCUGCCAGGCGUACUUCUCCACCACCUUCAACCUGCAGCACCACAUCCGCAAGGUCCACCUGAAGCUGCUGCGCCAUCACUGCUCCUUCCCCGGCUGCGACAAAGCCUUCGCCAUGAGGGAGAGUCUGGUCCGUCACAUGCUUCAUCACGACCCUGACGCCGCGAAACUCAAGCGGAGACCGAAGCGCAGCAGUAAGAGCUGGCAGAAGCGUCUGGAGGGUCGAACCCGGCGCGCUCUGGUGGAAGACGAUCUGCGGCGUCUGUUCUCUCUGCGCAUGCGCGUCUCUCGCCGCACCAAGCUGGAGGCCAACCUGUCCGGAUUAUUCAACGAGCGCAAAAUCCCACACCACGUCGACCCUGAGGUGAACCUGCGGGACCUCUUCAACAUCAAACCCCCGCAAAAGGUCGAAGGUUAAGCUGUGACGACAUGCUUGAGUAGAAAAUUGGCUUUUUCAUUUUCUAAACGCUCAGGAUGACGAAGUCAAAUUUUCUUCUUUUUUUGUACUGAAGUGAGAUUUAAGUUAAAAUGGAACUGAGUGUAAUUUUGAAGAGGAUUUGAGUUUUUUUCUAAAUGCAGUGGAUUGAGUGCGAAUGUAAAAAGUAAACACGGCUUUUUGUUGAAAGUAAAAUAUGAAGGCGGUAUAAAUGUCCCCCCUGUGUGUGUGAAGUAAGGCACUUAGUGAAAUGAGUUUUCUCCACUGAGAUCAGGCUGUAAAUUUAUUCAUUCAUUAAUCUCAUGGAAGUACUGUAAUAACCUCAGUUAAUUUUGGGAAUUUAAGUUUGAGAACCAGUGCUUUAAGUUUUUGUAAAUCUCUUGUGACUAAAAUAAUAAAUGGACAGAAGCUGAACUGAAGAACUUGUAUUUUUUAUUUUAUUAUUUUAAAAUUUUCCAUCUAUGAAAUGUGUUGAUGUGCAGAGACUGCGAUACAAUUUAGUGUGCAUUUACUUAAAAAAUUAUAAAUACCUACAUAAAUGUUACUUUGGUUCCUUCAGUCACUUGUUUCCAGAGUUUUCUUACUGAAACGUACGUGUUAAGAUGUGAACAAUCAUUUGUGUUAAAAUAGGAAUAAGAAUAAACUUUAUUUAUAGAGCUGUUUAUACACGCGCUAGUUUUAAUUGAAACUAAUUAAAGAGUUUAAUUAAAGAACUCCUCUCCUCCUGCUCUGAAUACAUUGCUGUGGUUUCUUGCUGAAUCCUGCGGUUAAAACUGUCCUUGUCUGUCCUGUAAACCAGGACACUUCCUGUCUGUUUCUGUGAUGCUGAUUUAAAUCCAUCAGGGAGACGGACCACUUCCUGUGUCUCCUUUUCUGAGUAGAACUCUAACGUGUCCCAAAAAAAAUCUCUCCUUCCCCCCUCGGCGGUGAACAUCAGGACGUCUACAGAGUUUAGAUCAGACGCUUAUGUUUGUGUUGAAGAUCUGAAUAAUUAAAAGCUCACUUCUGCACAGUGAGAGUGGAAUGGAGUGAAACCCUUAUAAAGGCUGCGUCCCAAAUCGCCAGGUGGAGCUGGAAAUGAGAGAUGACCCACAGUGCAAGUUAUGGAGUGUUUCCCUGAGAGACCCUGGUCCGGUCCUGUCCUGCUCAGUGAGGAUCAGUGUAGAUGGCUGUUCACGUUGUAUUUGACGUCACUGAAUAAAAAAAAUUCCAAGGACUGAUCAGAGUCUAGAUGAGAAGCUAGAGGACAAAACUAGGGACACGUACAACCUCUGGCAAAAAUGAUGGAAUGGGUACACUUAGAGGAUGCUCACCUGGCUUUUUUACUUCAUCGUGAAUAAAUAAAUCGCAGAUGUAACACAAAACAAUUAGUUUAAUAGUUGAACACUCUGGCUUCAUGAAAUAUACCUCAAACAAAUUAAAUUAUUUUAAUUAAUGGUGUAUUUCUUUCCAAAUCAAAGAGGAAAAAAAUUGAGUCCCCUUGUAAUUUGCAUUUCUAAAACAAACACAUGUAUAAAAAUGUAAAUUAGUCUGCAGUUUAGAGAGCGCGCAGACAUUAGCAAGCUGUUGGACUUGACUAAUUGAAAUGAAACGUGGCCCCAAUAAGAGAGUUGAAUGAAAGGAAAGGAUUAUAAACUUCUGCAAGAAGGAAAUCAGACACAGAGCGGUAGAAGUCUGAUGUUCCUAAAAUCUGGUGCAAGUAUAAACAAAAUGGGAAGGUUAUAAAAGGACCUGUAUGUUCUUUUAUUUUGUUUAGACCAAGGAAGACUCGAAGCGAUACGCCUUGAAAAUAGAAAAUGCACAACGAGAUAAACGAGCGGAAACAGGAGCCGGUGGUCGAGACGGAACUGUAAGAAAUCAGAUGGAUGAAGCGGGGUUCACGUAUAGAAAAACCAAACGAAAACCAGCACGGACACCUGGACAGAAGAAAAAAGAAAAAAAGCCAGAGGAGGAGCAACAUGGUACUAAUUGUGAUUUUUGAUGAUUCCAUCAUUUGUUCCUCUACUUGAUCUGGAAAAAUUAAGCCAUUAAUUUAAAUGAUUUUAUGGAAUUUGUUUGAGGUGUUUCACGAGGCCAGAAUGUUCAGCUCUUAAACAAAAAUAGUUGUGUCAUAUCUGCCAUUUGUUUAUUCGCUAGAAAAAAGACGGGGGAGCGUCCUCUACAUGUGCUGAUUCCAUCAUUUUUGCCGGGGGGGUAAGAGAGGAGAAGAGAUCUAAGGAACUAAAACAAAAUGAAGACGAGAGACGACGCCUAGGGAAGUAAAAUGUCACGGUGUAACC